UAAACGUACGAGCUUCUUUUCCUUUAUCCCUCAUAACGAAUAACCACAGCUACAUAGCGGUUGCCUUGAGCUAGCUCCAUGAGAGCGGACACCAUGUCUUACCGGUCUUGGUAUUCCCAUGUCUUACAGUAAAUAUAUGUUCAACUAAACAAUGGCUUUUAUUCAACUCUUAACCACCCUGAGGCCGAAAAAAGGGUUUGCACAUAAUGGAUGGAUUCGUUCAGUCCGAUCCCAGAAGGAAGUGUUGUUCCUGCAUAUAAAUGAUGGAUCAUCUUUGGAAAGCCUUCAAGUUGUAGCUGAUUCAAGCUUUGACAGUAGAGAACUGGCUUUUGGGAGUUCUGUGGAAGUUCAAGGGCAGCUGGUGAAAAGUCCAUCCAAAAAGCAGAAUGUGGAACUGAAGGCAGAAAAAAUUGAAAUUGUUGGAAAUUGCGAUGCCAAGGCUUUCCCUCUCAAAUAUAAAGAGAGGCAUCCUCUGGAGUAUCUGAGACAGUAUCCCCACCUCAGGUGCAGGACUAAUGCUCUGGGUUCCAUACUGAGGAUUCGCAGUGAAGCCACAGCUGCUAUUCAUUCUUUCUUUAAGGACAGUGGCUUUGUCCAUAUUCAUACUCCAAUAAUCACAUCCAAUGACUGUGAAGGGGCUGGAGAACUGUUCCAAGUUGAACCUUCAAGUAAAAUUAAGGUGCCUGAGGAGAAUUUCUUCAAUGUUCCUGCUUUCUUAACUGUUUCGGGACAACUUCACCUAGAAGUGAUGUCAGGAGCUUUUACUCAAGUGUUUACCUUUGGUCCAACAUUCCGAGCAGAGAAUUCUCAGAGCCGGAGACACCUGGCAGAGUUUUAUAUGGUAGAAGCAGAGAUUUCUUUUGUUGAGAGUCUUCAAGAUCUCAUGCAGGUUAUGGAGGGGCUCUUCAAGACUGCAACAAUGAUGGUUCUUUCAAACUGUACUGAAGAUGUUGAACUCUGUCACAAAUUCAUAGCUCCUGGUCAAAAGGACAGAUUAGAACAUAUGCUAAAAAACAACUUUUUAAUCAUUUCUUACACUGAAGCAGUAGAGAUCUUAAAGAAGGCAUCUCAGAACUUCACCUUCACCCCAGAGUGGGGUGUUGAUCUACAUACUGAACAUGAAAAGUACCUGGUGAAACACUGUGGCAACAUACCAGUCUUCGUCAUUAAUUAUCCAUUAGCACUCAAGCCUUUCUACAUGAGGGAUAAUGAAGAUGGCCCUCAGCACACAGUUGCUGCUGUUGAUCUUCUGGUUCCUGGAGUUGGAGAGCUCUUUGGAGGAAGCCUCAGAGAGGAACGGUACCAUUUCUUAGAGCAGCGACUGGCCAGAUCAGGACUAACGGAAGCCUACCAAUGGUAUCUGGACCUCCGUCGAUUUGGAUCUGUACCACAUGGAGGCUUUGGGAUGGGAUUUGAACGCUAUCUGCAGUGCAUCUUGGGAAUUGACAAUAUCAAAGAUGUUAUCCCUUUUCCAAGAUUUACUCAUUCGUGUGUUUUAUAGCUGGAAGACCAGUUAAAGAAAAUCACCCUGUGCCAGAGGUACUGCGUGUGAAUGUGCAUAUAAGAGAAUACGUGUUUGAAGUAUAGAAAUGCAAAAGUUUUCAAUAUGUAAUUGUCAUGCCCUAAGAUAAGACCUAUGAAAAAUAGAAGUGAUCAUGAUUUUCUUAGAAAGUUGAGAGCAAUUCGUGGAAAAAUGAACUCUCUCAAAAAAAUACCUGCAGCAGGUAGAAUCUCAAAAUCUAUUAAGUCAAUUAAGAAGAAAUGAAGAAACUGAACUGUGGUCUCAGAGGUCCUUUCAGACUCUUAAGACAGGAUGAGAUCGUGUGUUUUACUUUGUCUUUAAUCAUUAGAGCACUGCUCUUUGUGACCUCUGAGAAACAACUAGGAGCUAAAAAUAAAAUGUUGGAUCUUUUCUCCCUUUCCAAUUAAUCUAUGAUAAAUGCCCAUCUUAUUCUCACCGUUUUACUACACAUUACAGAAGAAAAUAUUCCUUUUGGGGUCUUUUUUGAGUUAAUAUUAAGUUAAUGUUCUGAAUUGAAAUCUUUCAUCAGACGGGGUGCAAAAAGUCACAUUUAAUAACUGCUGAUCUUUAAGUAUAAAAAUAGCAAAUGGGAUGUAUUAAUUAUUUAAACUAAUGACUGUUGUAGUUUAUAGUAGAUGUUUGUAACUUCUCUAAUAAUAAAAUAGAUUUUUGAUACCUCUGAAAGAAAAAUACAGAUAUAUUUUUAAGUUCCAUUUGACGUUUCCACAGUAAAAAGUGGAAGAAGGUAUUUCCAGUGUAAGAUGAGCCUGCAAAUGUAGCUAAACCUGAAGGAUGGGUAAUUUUGGACUCAAAAGGCAAUAUUGUCUAUUAGAGUUUUUGUGAGGAUUGCUGAUUUGGAAAUCUGAGACCUGACAACUGUAGCACUUUACGUGUAUGAUUUGGACAAGCCGUUUACUCUGUAUGAGCUCAUACAUCAUUUUCCUCAGAGUUGAUACAACAAUUACAUGAAAGUGUGUGUGUGUGCAUGUGUGUGCAUGCACACACAUGCACGCUUAAAACUGAAAUACUACACAAAUUUUUUUUAACUCUUGUAGUCUUCAUUGAGUUACAUAUCUAUGGACUUAGAGCCAAAUUAUAUGCUCAGUAGAAUUUAUAUGUAUCAAAUAAUGGUAAAUGGCAUGCAUGCCUAAAUAAUCAAUUUUCUAAGUCUCAUUAGAUAACUUAUCUGAGGUUAUUUCCUGAUGAGUUUGUAUGUGGACUUUAUUUUAUCCUAACCCAAAGCAAAUGACUGAAAGGAACUGCCAAACCUUAGAGCUGGAAAUCACAGAAGCCACUAAGAUGUUCUCAUGACCAAACUUGUGCCUGAUGCAGAGAGAGCCUAUACCUGGGCAGGCACUUGUUGGCAAAGAGCUCAGUAUCCCACAAAAUAGCUCAUUCCAUUUCUGAAUCUGUCUCAUUUUUCGUUUUUGCGGAGCUAAAAUAUGCUUCCCUAGAACUUUAAUCCCCUGGGCUCAAAUACCAAGUUUAGGGCAGGACAAAAGAGAUAAUUAGAGCUUUCAUAAGGCUUGCCUCAAUCAUGGGCUAGAGAGAUAAAUUCAUUUGUUUGUGUAACAGAUAUUAUUUGAGCUUACUCAGUAUGCCAAGAAUGGGGCUAGGUGGUAAAUAAAUGAUAGUGAACAAAAGAGAAAUGACCCAUGCCUUCAUGGAAUUUACAGUCUAUUAGAGAAGAUACACGAUCAGUAAGCAAACAAAUGUAUUUCAAAAUAUGACAUAUGCUAUAAUAUUUUGUAAAGAACAGGGCAAGCAUAGGGGCGCCUGGGUGGCUCAGUCGGUUGAGCAUCCAACUUCGGCUCAGGUCAUGAUCUCGUGGUCUGUGAGUUCGAGCCCCGUGUCGGGCUCUGUGCUGACAGCUCAGAGCCUGGAGCCUGCUUCUGAUUCUGUGUCUCCCUCUCUCUCUGCCCCUCCCCCGCUCAUGGUCUGUCUCUCUCUCUGUCAAAAAUAAAUAAACAUAAAAAAAAUUAAAAAAAAAAAAAAGGAACAGGGCAAGCAUAGAUAACUUUGCUAGAGAAGGUAUCUCUGAAAAGGUGAUAUUUAACCUUAGACCUGGAAGAUAAAUGCAGAAACCAUUUUAAAACAUUUGCAACAUCAGUCAGUAUUGAUUUGACAUUCAAGUCUUGAUACUGUAUUAAUUUUGUGAAGUGAGAAUCAGAGACUCUCACAGGCCCCCAACCUGAAGCACUAAUAUUUUCCCAGGCUCUCGGGCAUCAUGUCUCCAGUGAUUUUUGAGGAACCAGAUAGAAUUAUAAUGUUAAUAUGAUGGCGGGGCAUCAAAAAUAACAAUGAUAGAAAGAACAGUGAAUCACAGAAACCCCAGGUGCUGAUCCCAGAGCCACCAUUGAUUUAGCUGGAGAGUGUUAAUCUGGUACGAUCAUCUUCGUGCCCUCCAGUUAUUUCACCUGCAGAACUAUCAUUUCGAAAUAGAUCAACUCUAAGGAUUCUUUUUCUAUCUCUUAAUCUUUCAGGAAUCUGUGCUGGAGAUAGUCACUAAUAACAAUCGAUUUAGAGUCUAACUUAUACACUUGAUUUUUAGCACAUAUCAAGUCUCUGAAAAUGUACAGUGAAGUCAAAUCACUGAAAGUUCUGCGAUAGACUUCAGUGUGUUCAUUGUGUGUGUGCGUGGGGUGGGAGAAGGUCCUCCUCAAAUAAACAUCGUUCUUGCCUUUUU